GCAUGUCUACGGAGGAUCCGCGCGAGACUGAAGCGCGCGAAGGCGCUGAGAAUAAGGCGGUCGCGCUGGAAACAACGAAAGCUUCUUAAGGACGAAACCGUGAUUGCAGCCGCGUCCCCUCAGCUACGUGCUUUUCGCUGCCUUCAGGCAAACUAAGUUGGGAAAGUGCGACGAUGCCGAAGCCCGAGUUCAGCCCUGCGAGUCUGUGAAGCGCCGCCGCCGCCGCCGCACUUUGCCAGUUCGUUCGUUGCGUUGCCGUUGUAACCGUUGUUGUGUGUCGAGCGCGCGCGCGCUCCCCCCAUCUUCGCGGGCCGCGAUGCCUCGGGAGGAUGACGACGUGCGGAAGACGUUCAUCCUCAACACCACGGAGAACUACUUUGCCCUCCGGCCGUCGUCCGCCUGCAGCGCGACGCCUCUGACCGACCGUCCGGCGCUCGACGCCUUCUUGGACGACGGCAACGAGUUCGUGUUGUCUGUGCGCCAGAGCGACGGCGAGCUGCGCAUGUCUAACAAGAUCGAUUCGGCAGACGACAAAGUCCUGGUUUUUUUCAAGCUUCGUCCCACUGUGAUCACAGAGGACAACCUUCACCAGAACAUCCUGGUGUCCUCCAUGCUGGAGUCUCCCAUCAGCACCCUGUACCAAGCUAUGAGGCAGGUGUUUGCACCUGUUCUCCUGAAGGAUGAGAAGUGGAGUAAGACCUUUGACCCUAAACUCCAGAGCUUACUGAACGAGCUAGAAGUAGGUCUGGGUUCUGUGGUAAGGCGAUCGGACCCAAGUCAUGCGGGGACGGAGAGUGUGAAGGAAGAUGAUGUCUGGGGUAUUCUGACCCCCUGUGAUGAGUAUCAUUACUGGGAAGACCUCUCAAAGGUGGCAGAGAAGCCCAGCAUGAGGGACAGAGCUGCUCAUUUUGCUGAGCUCUUUCAGCCCUUGGAGAAGGAGUUCAGCAGUCUGGAGAACGUGGCCCUCGGCGACGCCCUGGAGCUUGUCGAGAGCACUCGGGACGCAGUAGAUGAGGUCUGGAGGCAGAACGAGCAUGACCAGUAUCCCGAGGCUCGCAUGCAGCGGCUCAUGGAUGUCAUUGGUAGUGCCCUGGCCAGGUAUGUGCAGAAGAAGCUGAGCUCAGUAAAAUUGUGGGAGGAGCCUUUCUUUAUCGUCAGGGAGAACCUGAGAGCCGGAUUGGCUGUGUGCGAACAUUGGGCAGGGACUUGUGAGCAUCUCACGGGGCAACUCUGGAAACGAUACGGCCCACAUCAGUGGAGAGGCGACAAGCAUCGGCCCCAGCUGCUACAGAGCCUGGCCAGCCGGCUUGAAGAGAUUUUGAUGGUUCGCACUCUUCAUGAGAAGCUGCUGAGAUUGCUGCCACCAGGAAAACAGCAAGCACUCUGCACGGGCGCUGUGUUCGAACCCUUCUCCGGCCUCAAAGCACUGCACUACAACCCCUACACUGAGCCGCUAUGGAAAGCCGCCGUUCUGCAGUUUGAACGCACCAUCGCGCCUGCUGAGCUGGAGAUUGCAACCAGAUUGAAGGCCUGGAUCGGGGAGGUUCAGGACAGCCCGCAGCAGCUUCUUCAGGCUUUUCAGAAAUACAAGGAAUUAAUAAAACGACCCACCGUAAGCAAGAAUCUCUUGUCCGAGAGGGAAACCUUACUUGCAAAGCUUUUAGACUACAUUAAAGGCCUACGCUCAGAUUUUGAGGGCCGUUGCCAUGGUAUUCCAGGGGAGAAGUCUGGCCCGAUAGCCGGUAAAAACCUUCCAGAGGUGGUCAACAACAUUGUGUGGGUCAGGCAACUCCUGCUGAAGGUGGAGGAUUCCAUGAGAAUGGCUGAGACCCUUCUCUCUGACCUGUCCGGCUACCGCUCCUUCAUGAGGCUCACCGACGACCUGCAGGAGCUGCUGCGGAGCUAUGAACAGGAGCAGUUCAACGACUGGUCCCGUGAGAUCCAAACUGGGCUGUCGGACCCCAAGUCUGGCAUCAGUCUGCAGGCCAGUAAUCGAGUGAUGGAGUUGGACCAUGUUGAUGGGAAGCUGAAGAUCCAGUACUCGGACCGCCUGGUGACACUGCUCAGGGAGGUGCGCCAACUCUCAGCCCUGGGCUUUGCCAUUCCUGCCAAGAUCCAGCAGGCUGCCAACACGGCGGACAAGUUCUACCGACAGGCUCUCAUCCUCAAGCAGGUGGCUCACUUUUACAACACAAUUGACCAGCAGAUGAUUCCCUCCCAAAAACCCAUGAUGCUCAGUUAUGCACUGGCAUUCGAACAAGUGAUCAAGCAAAAUCCUAGGUCACACUCCCGGGAUUCGGGAGGAAAGUUGCAGAUCACCUGGGACAACCCCAAAGAGUUAGAGCUGUACAUUGGCAAACUGCAGGUGGCGGCCGAGCGCCUAUCCACUGAGAACAGGAAGCUGAGGAAGUGGCAUGCCGACUUCACAGAGAAGGUAGUGGCACUCAUGAACAUUGAUCUGCUUCGUCACCAGCAGCGCUGGAAGGAUGGGCUGCAGGAUCUCCGCACUGGGUUUGCCACCUUGGAGGCCCAGGAAGUCUGGUGUUCACCUAGCAUUCCAGGCGUGCCCUGCUGUCACAUGUGCGAGAAUGGUCACGUAGUUGUGUCACAGGGAUUCCGGCCAGGAGACAUGCAGGCCUGGAGGCAGCACUGGAACCACCAGCUUUACAAGGCCCUGGAGCACCAGUACCAGGCCGGUCUUGAGGCCCUCAACAGGAACCUGCCUGAGAUCCAUGUAGAUCUCACCUUCAAACAAGGCAGGUUGCAGUUACGCCCUCCGUUUGAGGAGGUGAGGGCAAAAUACUUCCGGGAGAUGAAGAGGUUCAUCUCCAUUCCCAACCAGUUUAAGGGCCUCAGUGAAUCGGGGGAGAAGUCUGUUUUUUCCAUAAUGAUUGACAGGAACGCCAGCAGCUUCGUCACGGUCUUCAACAAAGCAGAGGCCCUGUUCUCCAGGCUCGCAGGGGUGCAGGACAAGUUCAAGGACUGGGUGGUGCUGGGCCAGGUGGACAUCGAAGCACUGGUGGACAGAAACCUUCACACUGUGCAGGACUGGGAGAGGAACUUCAAGGCCUUGAAAGCCAGGGGCAAAGAGGCUGAGCGUUUACCCAGCUCGGAGAAGGUGGACUGUAUAACAGUGAACUGCGAGCCUGUGAAGGCAGCUAUCGAUGACCUGAUCCAGAGGCUGUUUGACGCUCUCCUCGUGUCUCUGAGGAAGUCUGUCCAAGGUCACACGCAGGACAUCGACACAUUUGUGACGCAAGCAAUAGAGACACUUUCCACACGGCCAGAGAGCAUCGAUGAGAUAGGCGAGGCCAACAUCCAGCACGGGAAGCUUCUCACCAGGAAACCUGAAAUCCUGUCCCAGUUCCAGGAGGCGGAGGAUAAGAACAGGCUGCUGCGCACUGUAGCUGGCGGUGGCCUCGACUCCAUCAGCACCCUCAGGGCCAAAUGGGACAAGUUUGAGCUCAUGAUGGACAGCCAUCAGCUUGUGGUCAAAGAGCAGAUGGAGGUGAUGAGGUCCAAUGUUCAGUGUCGUGUGCAAGCCUACCAGCAGGACCUGGAGAAGUUCCGUGCUCGCUGGGACCAGCUGAAGCCCAGCGACGACAUUGUGGAGUCGGCGGACCUGGAGGCCCUUGAGAAGUGUGUCCACAAUAUCAAAGACAAGAAGACAGAGUUUGAUGAACUAGAGAACUCACGAAAGAAGCUCAUCGGGGAUUGUCACCACUUUGAUCUGGAUCCUCCUGACUUCUCACUGGCACUUGAGACCUUCAGAGACAUUGAGGAGGUUUCCCAGAUGUGGUCCCUCUAUGAAGAAUUCCAGGGCGGUCUUCAGGACAUGGCCAAGGAGGACUGGAUCACGUUCAGGAGUAAAACCCACAUUUUUGAGGAGUUUCUCUUCUCCUGGCAUGACAAGCUGAGAAAACUCAACAAGCACACCACCAUGACGGUUAAACUGCAGAAAGAGGUCGACAGGUACAAGGGACUUGUUCCUGUACUGAAGUAUGUGCGUGGCGAGCACCUUUCGCAGGACCACUGGCUAGACCUUUUCCGGUUCCUGGGCCUCCCCAGGGGUACAACGCUCGAGGGACUUCUUUUCGGGGACCUUCUGAAGGUGGCAGAUGUCAUCAUGGAAAAGGCCCUGGAGCUCAAGGAACUGAAUGGGCGUGCCCAGGCCGAGGUGACCAUCCGCGAGGCCCUACGGGAGCUGGACCUCUGGGGCGCUGCGGCCACUUUCACCCUCACCGACUACAUAGACAGCCAGGGCAGGAGCACCAAGCUCAUCAAGGACUGGAAGGACACGGUGAGCCAGGUUGGUGACAACCGCUGCCUGCUUCAGUCCUUGAAAGACUCGCCCCACUUCCGGGCCUUCGCUGACAAGGUUUCGCUAUGGGAGACCCGGCUGGCCGACCUGGAUGAAUAUCUACACAGCCUCAACGCCACCCAGAGGAAGUGGGUCUACCUGGAGCCCAUCUUUGGGCGUGGUGCACUGCCCAGGGAGCAGGCCCGUUUCAGCAGGGUGGACGCCGACUACAGGUCCAUCUUGGCUGACGUGCACAGGGACAGCAGGGUGAUGUCCUUGGCGGCGCGCGCCGGCAUCCGCAGCUCCCUCGUCACCAUCCUGGACCAGCUACAGAGAUGCCAGCGCUCCCUUAACGACUUCCUGGAGGAGAAGCGCUCUUCCUUCCCGCGCUUCUAUUUCAUUGGCGACGACGACCUGCUGGAGAUCCUGGGCCAGGCCACCAACCCUUCCGUCAUCCAGUCCCACCUCAAGAAGCUCUUUGCUGGGAUCAAUGCAGUGGACUUUGACGACCGCUAUGAGCACAUCACUGCCAUGAGGUCCCUGGAGGGUGAGGAGGUCCCUCUGAGGAAUAUGGUUCGCAUCUCCAGUGCUGUGGAGGUGUGGCUCAGCGACCUCUCCGCUGAGAUGAAGGAAACACUGAGACAUCUUCUCUCUGAGUGUGUGGCUGCAGGGAAGAGAGGAGCGGUGGAUCCCUCACGUUACCCUUCCCAGGUCCUGUGCCUGGCAGAGCAGAUUCAGUUCACUGAGGAUGUGGAGGGCGCCAUUGCACAGCAGAGCCUGCAGCAGCUGGAGGUGGAGCUCAUGGCCAAACUGGAGCACUACACCGGUCUGGACAGCAGCAGCGAUGAGCUGGGUGGCGCAGAUUCCACUGUUCUGCAGCUGAAGCUCAAGGCCCUCAUCCUGGACGUGAUCCACAACCUGGAGGUGGUGAGGUAUCUGCAGGAGAUGCAAGUGCGCAGCUCUGACAGCUGGGCUUGGAGGAAGCAGCUGCGCUUCUACCUGCGCCAGGGUGGCCGCUGUCACAUCCAGAUGGUGGAUGCUGAGUUCCAGUACACCUAUGAAUACCAGGGCAAUGCCGCGAAGCUGGUGCACACCCCCCUCACCGAUAAGUGUUAUCUCACACUCACACAAGCCAUGAAGAUGGGCCUGGGGGGCAACCCAUACGGACCGGCCGGAACCGGCAAAACGGAGUCUGUCAAGGCCCUAGGCGGCCUGUUCGGCAGGCAGGUCCUGGUGUUCAACUGUGACGAGGGCAUCGACGUCAAGUCCAUGGGCCGCAUCUUUGUGGGGCUGGUGAAGUGCGGCGCCUGGGGCUGCUUUGACGAGUUCAACCGGCUUGAGGAGGCCGUCCUCUCGGCCGUGUCCAUGCAGAUCCAGGCCAUCCAGAACUCUCUGAAGAACCAGAGGAGCAGCUGUGAACUGCUGGGCAAGGAGGUGGAGCUAGAUCCCAAUUCCGGCAUCUUCAUUACGAUGAACCCAGCAGGGAAGGGCUACGGAGGCCGGCAGAAACUUCCGGACAAUCUGAAGCAGCUCUUCCGGCCUGUGGCCAUGUCGCGGCCGGACAACGAGCUCAUAGCCGAGGUCAUCCUGCACUCAGAGGGCUUCAAGGACGGCCGGCUGCUGGGACGCAAACUGGUGGCAAUCUUCAACUUGGCCAGGGAGCUGCUGACCCCCCAGCAGCACUACGACUGGGGUCUGCGUGCGCUCAAGACGGUGCUCCGGGGCAGCGGGAGUCUGCUGCAGCAGCAGAGGAGGAGCGAGUCUGGGAGCCAGAUCAUGGAGAGCCACAUCGUGGUGCAGGCCCUGCGGCUUAACACCAUGUCCAAGCUGACAUUUGCUGACAGUGCACGCUUUGAUGCCCUGGUGCGCGACGUCUUCCCCGGGGUCAACUUUAAGGACGUGGAGUACGAGUCCCUGAGUGCCGCCCUGGAGGCUGCCAUCGAGGAGGCCAACCUGGAGGUCAUACCCAGCCAGGUGAAGAAGGCCCUGGAGCUGUACGAGCAGCUGCGGCAGCGCAUGGGCGUGGUCGUGGUGGGGCCCAGCGGCGCCGGGAAGUCCACGCUGUGGCGCACGCUGCGGGCGGCGCUCUGCCGUCUGGGCCGCCCCGUACGCCAGUACACCAUGAACCCGAAGGCCAUGCCCCGCCACCAGCUGCUGGGCCACAUCGACAUGGACACGCGAGAGUGGUCGGACGGUGUGCUCACCCACAGCGCCAGGCAGGUGGUGCGGGAACCCCAGGAGGUCUGCUCUUGGAUCAUUUGCGACGGGGACAUCGACCCCGAGUGGAUUGAGUCCCUCAACUCAGUUCUGGACGACAACCGGCUGCUCACCAUGCCCAGUGGCGAACGCAUCCAGUUCGGUCCCAACGUCAACUUUGUGUUCGAGACCCAUGACCUCAGCUGCGCCUCGCCAGCCACAGUCUCGCGAAUGGGCAUGAUCUUCCUGAGCGAUGAAGACACAGACGUGAAUUCUCUGGUGAAGUCCUGGCUGAAGAGCCAACCAGAAGAAUGCAGGUCAGAGCUGGAAAACUGGAUCGGAGACUACUUUGGGAGGAGCCUCGACUGGGUCCUCAAGCAGAAUGACUUUGUGGUGGAAACCAGUCUGGUGGGAACUGUCCUCAAUGGGCUGUCCCACCUCGGGGGUGUUCGGGACCGCGGUCAGUUCGUGAUCAGCCUUAUUCGGGGCCUCGGAGGAAACCUCAACCUGAAGUCUCGCCAGGAAUUUGCUAAAGAGGUUCUGAGCUGGGCUAGGGAAAGCCCACCGGACCCUCGGCGGCCUCUGGACACGUACUGCGAUGCGGACACUGGACGGCUGGUCACGUACCAGCUGGGCCGGCCAGACCACUUGUCAGCAGAGGACUUUGAUAACCCCCAGCGGCUCCCUGUCAUCCAGACCCCCGACACCCAGAGAGCGCUAGACUGCUUCCGAAAGUGGCUCAGCGGCAGCCACCGACAGCCCUUCCUGUUGGUGGGGCCUGAGGGCUGCGGCAAAGGGAUGCUGCUGCGCUAUGCCUUCUCCGAGCUGCGCUCUACACAGGUGGCCACCGUCCACUGUAGCGCCCAGACCUCGUCCCGUCACAUCCUGCAGAAGCUCACACAAACCUGCUUGGCCAUCAGCUCCAACACGGGCCGUGCGUACCGGCCCCGCGACUCGGAGCGCCUCGUCCUCUACCUCAAGGACAUCAACCUUCCGAAGCCUGACAAGUGGGGCACCAGCAACCUCGUAGCCUUCCUGCAGCAGGUGCUCACCUACCACGGCUUUUACGACGAGAACCUCGAGUGGGUGGGACUGGAGAACAUCCAGAUCGUAGCCUCCAUGUCAGCAGGGGGCGCCGUUGGCAGGCACAGCCUCACCUCCAGGUUUACAUCCAUUGUGCGCAUCUGUACCAUCGACUACCCAGACAGGGAGCAGCUGCAGAUCAUCUAUGGCAUCUACCUCCAGCCCGUGCUGCAGAGGAGCCUGGGAGAGCAGGCAGCCUGGGGCUCUGCAGGCAGGGCUCACCAGCUGGCAGGCUCCCUGGUGCAGGUGUAUGAACAGGUGAAGGCCCGGUUCACAGUGGACGAGCACAGCCACUAUUUGUUCACCCCACGUGUUCUGACCCAGUGGGUGCUGAGUCUGCUGAGGUACAGCCUGACUACAGACAAAUCUCAGGACCCCACAGACAUGGUGCUGGAGGUGGUCGCUUAUGAAGCUCGGCGUUUGUUCAGGGACCGCAUGGUCACACCCAAGGAGCUGGAUGUCUUUGACAACAUCUUGCAGUCGGUUGUCCGAGGGGACUGGGGGUCCGAUGUGCUGGAAAACAUGACUGACAGUUUCUACGUGACGUGGGGGGCUCUGCACGAGUCGGGGUAUGUCAUGGUCCCUGGACAGUCCCUGCCCCCCCACGGCAAGCUGCUGGGCCGCCUGCACUUGGAGGACCUAAAAGAGGUCAUCCGCAAGGGUGUGGCCCUUUAUGGGCGCGACAACCGUGAGGUGGACCUUCUGCUGUUCCGUGAGGUCCUCGACUACAUGUCUCGUGUAGACCGAGUCCUCAGCUACCCUGGGGGGUCUUUGUUGCUAGCCGGCCGCUGCGGGGUGGGCCGGCACACUGCCACCUCGGUGGUCAGCCACAUGCACGGCGCAGCCCUCUUCACACCCAAGAUCGUCCGUGGCUAUGGUCUCAAGCACUUCAAGGGCGACCUCAAAACUGUGAUGCAGCAGGCAGGCAUCGAGGGCCAGCAGGUGGUUCUCGUCCUUGAAGACUACCAGCUACUUGAGCCGUCUUUUCUGGAAAUGGUGAACAGCUUGCUGUCCUCCGGCGAAGUACCUGGCCUGUACUCCACUGAGGAGUUGGAACCUCUGCUGUCGCCGCUGAAGGACCAGGCCUCGCAGGAUGGCUUCACUGGACCCCUCUUCAACUACUUUGCAUACAGAAUCCAGCAGAACCUCCACGUGGUGCUCAUCAUGGACUGCACCAACCCCACUUUCACCAUAAACUGUGAGAGCAACCCGGCGCUGUAUCGCCGCUGCAGUGUGCAGUGGAUGGAGGGCUGGUCUGAGAGCAGCAUGAAGAAGAUCCCGGAGAUGUUGCUCUCAAAGGCCUUCGGCGAGGAGCAGGCUGAGAGCAGCCAGAAAGUCUCCAGAACCCAGCUGUCGGGGCACGCAGACCUCUUCCCGUCCUUCCUGGCAAUACACGACUGCUGCAGGGAGUUUGGUGCCACACCCAGCCGCUACCUGGCCUUCCUGCACGUCUAUAGCUCCAUCUUCAGCCGCAAGCAGGCUGCACUCACCACAAGACAGCGCCACCUUCAGGCGGGCGUUUCAAAGCUGAACGAAGCCAAGGCCCUGGUGGACGAGCUGAAGAGAAGGGCAGCAGAACAGAGCGCGCUGCUGAGGACCAAGCAGGCUGAGGCGGACGCCGCACUGCAGGAGAUCACGGUGUCGAUGCAGAGUGCUAGUGAUCAGAAGACGGAGAUGGAAAGGAUCAAAGGGAAAAUGGCAGAGGAGGUGUCCAAGAUUGAGGAGCGCAAAGCAAAGAUUGAUGAUGAGCUCAAGGAGGUUCAGCCACUGGUGGACGAAGCCAAGCGAGCCGUGGGCAACAUCAAACCUGAAUCGCUGUCGGAGAUCCGCUCUCUGCGCAUGCCGCCCGAUGUCAUCAGGGACAUCCUCGAGGGAGUGCUGAGGCUCAUGGGUAUUUUUGACACCUCGUGGGUGAGCAUGAAGAGUUUUCUGGCAAAGCGGGGCGUAAGGGAGGAUAUUGCGACAUUUGACGCUCGGAACAUCACACAUGAGAUCCGCGAGAGUGUGGAGGAGCUUCUGGACAGAAACAGGGUCUCCUUUGACCCCAAGAACGCAAAACGCGCAAGCGCCGCCGCAGCUCCACUGGCCGCCUGGGUGAAGGCCAACGUGCAGUACUCCCAUGUCCUGGAGCGCAUCCAGCCCCUGGAGAAGGAGCAGGCUGGCCUAAAGGAAAAUCUGCGGAAGACAGAGAACCGGAAGAACAAACUGGAGGAGCUCCUUAACUCUGUGGGCCAGAGAGUCAAUGAGCUGAAAGAAAAGUUCCAGUCCAGAACAGCUGAAGCAGCCAAGCUUGAGACGGAGGUGAGCCGCGCUCAGGAGACCAUCCAGUCCGCAGAGAAGCUAAUCCACCAGCUGGACGGCGAACACAGGCGCUGGAAUACCCAGGUGGCAGAGAUAACGGAGGAGCUGGAGACACUCCCAAAGAGAGCACAACUGGCUGCCGCCUUCAUCACUUACCUGUCCGCUGCUCCUGAGGAUCACAGGAGAGCCAGUCUGGACGAGUGGAUGAAGUCGUUGGGCCUUCAAAAGUUCGAUCUGCGGCACUUCCUGUGUUCAGAAAGCGAACAGCUGAUCUGGAAGAGCGAGGGGCUGCCGUCGGACGACCUGUCCAUGGAGAACGCCCUGGUCAUCCUACAGAGCUGCGCCUGCCCUUUCCUCAUUGACCCGUCGUCACGUGCCACUGAGUGGCUGAAGACUCACCUGAAGGAGUCGCGGUUGGAGGUGAUCAGCCAGCAGGACUCGAACUUCAUGACAUCUGUGGAGCUGGCAGUGCGCUUUGGCAAAACCCUGGUCAUUCAGGAGAUGGAUGGAGUGGAACCAGUGCUAUACCCCCUGCUGAGGCGUGACCUCAUCGCUCAGGGCCCCCGCUACGUCGUCCAGAUCGGGGACAAAGUGGUCGACUACAACGAGGAAUUCCGCUUGUUCCUGGCUACACGGAACCCAAACCCCCUCAUUCCUCCCGACGCCGCCUCCAUGGUGACCAAGGUCAACUUCACCACCACCCGAGCCGGACUCCAAGGACAGCUCCUGGCCCUCACCAUUCAGCAGGAGAAGCCUGACCUGGAGACAGAGAAGACCAGACUGCUGCAGCAGGAGGAGGACAUGAAAAUCCAGCUGGCAAAGCUGGAGGAGUCUCUACUGGAGACUCUGGCCACAGCGCAGGGCAACAUCCUGGAGAACAAGGAGCUUAUUGAGUCACUGAACCAGACAAAGUCGAGCAGUGCGCUCAUCCAGGAGUCCCUGAGCGAGUCGCACCACCUCCAGGCCUCGCUGGACCAGGAGCGAGAUGCCUAUCUCCCAUUAGCAGAGAGUGCCAGCAAGAUGUACUUUGUUAUAACAGACCUCUCCAAAAUUAAUAACAUGUAUCGCUUCAGCCUGGCUGCCUUCCUGCGCAUCUUUCAGAGAGCCUUGCAGACCAAGGAGGAGUCGAGGAGCACGGAGGCACGUAUCUCCUCCCUGGCAGCCCAUCUGAAGAGCACCGUGUACGAGUACGUGUGCCGCUCCCUCUUUAAGUGCGACCAGCUCAUGUUUGCCUUACACUUUGUCAGAGGGAUGCAUCCUGAGCUCUUCCAGGAGAAUGAGUGGGAUGCCUUCACAGGACUGAUUGUCGGCGACAUGGUAAGAAAGGAGGAUUCCCAGAAGGCCUUGCGAGAGCAGAUCCCUUCCUGGAUUGACCAGGAGCGGCAGGCAGCGGUGGCGUUGUUGAAGAGCGCUUUUCCCAUGCUUUACCAGACGUUGAACUUGAACGAAGCUGAUCUCUGGCUCACCUUCUCUAGUAGCUCCACCUGCGAGCAGGACUUCCCCCCAUCCAUCACCAAAAAGAUCAGUCCCUUUCAGCAGCUCCUGGUGCUCCAGGCGAUCCGACCCGACCGGCUUCAAAGCGCCAUGAUCCUGUUCGUCUCACAGGCUCUUGGCAUGAAGGAGCUCUCGCCGCCACCCCUCAGCCUGAAGCGCCUCUACCAAGAGACCCUGGAGACGGAGCCCAUUCUGAUCAUCAUCUCCCCGGGCGCCGACCCAUCUCAGGAGCUGCUGGAGCUGGCCGGAGAGACUGUGGGCCGUGAGAAUUAUCAUGAGCUGGCUAUGGGUCAGGGCCAGGCUGACAUUGCCCUUCAGACCCUGAGGGAGUGCGCUCGCAAUGGAGAGUGGCUUUGCCUCAAGAACUUGCACCUGGUCACAUCCUGGCUGCCCCUGCUGGAGAAGGAGCUCAAUGUCCUGCAGCCGAAGACGGGCUUCCGCUUGUGGCUCACGACCGAGGUGCACGCCAAAUUCCCUCCCGUCCUCCUGCAGUCGAGCCUCAAGAUCACUUACGAGGCUCCCCCAGGACUGAAGAAGAACCUAAUUCGCACCUAUGAGUCCUGGAGCCCAGAGCAGGUCGGCAAGGGAGGGCUGCCUCCCCGCUCUCAGUCCCUCUUCUGCCUGGCCUGGUUCCAUGCCAUCUGUCAGGAGCGCCGCAACUACAUCCCACAGGGCUGGACCAAGUUCUAUGAGUUCUCCCUCUCUGAUCUCCGCGCCGGGUUUGAGAUCAUCGACAGACUUUUUGAAGGGGCCAAGGAGGUUCAGUGGGAGUUUGUGCGCGGACUGCUCGAGAGCGCCAUCUACGGUGGCCGCAUCGACAACCUGUGGGACCUGCGUGUGCUGCGCUCCUACCUGGAGCAGUUCUUCAACCCGCACCUCAUCUCGGGCUCCGCAGUACGCGGCAAGAGAGCUGCCGCCUUCCCUGCCCAGAUCAACCUGCCCAGCUCCUGUAGCAUCACGGACUACCGCAGCAUCAUCGACAACCUGCCUGAAGACGAUCGGCCUGCCUUCUUCGGGCUCCCGGCCAACAUCGAGAGGUCAUCGCAGCGCAUCAUCAGCAGCCAGGUGAUCGCCCAGCUACGGGUGCUGAGCCGACCCGUGACGGCCGGGUCCAAAUUCGACCGAGAGGUGUGGUCCAGCGGCCUGUCGCCCCUUCUCAACCUGUGGAAGAAGCUGAACCAGGGCUCUUCCUUGAUCCACCAGAAGGUGGCGUCCCCUAGCGAGAACCACAGCUCGCCCGUGCUGUCCUUCAUCGUCCUGGAGCAGUUCAACGUCAUCCGCCUGGUCCAGAGCAUCCACCAGUCGCUGGCGGCGCUCAGCAAGGUCAUCCGGGGCACUUCGUUGCUCACAGCUGAGGUUCACAAGUUGGGCCUGGCUCUGCUCAACCAGGAGUGUCCUCUGAGCUGGCAGGACAAGUGGGAGGGGCCUGACGAUCCAGUUCAGUACCUGAGAGCUGUGGUGACCCGUGCUCUCGCCAUCCAGGGCUGGGUGGAGCGGGCCGAGAGGAACACCCUGAUGUCGGACAUCUUGGACCUGUCAGAGCUCUUCCACCCCGACACAUUCCUGAAUGCUCUGAGACAGGAGACUGCGAGAUCCAUGGGCUGUUCCAUGGACAGCCUGAAGUUUGUGGCUUCCUGGAAGACCAGGAUCCCGGAGGCAAAGCUCCAAGUGAAGGUGGGCGGAUUGCAGCUUGAGGGCUGCAGCUUCGACGGAAGCUGCCUGUCAGAGAACCAGCACGACUCCCCCAGCGUGUCGGCCGUCCCCCCCUGUCACAUGGCCUGGAUUCCGCAGAGCGCCAGCGACUGCUACCCGCCCGAGGAGUGCAUCUCGCUGCCUGUGUACACGAAUGCGGAACGCGUGCGUGUCGUCGCCACCGUCGUGCUGCCCUGCGGCGCCAGCCCUGACCACUGGGUCCAGACUGGGGCAGCACUCUUCCUCAGACAGCAGUGAGGAUGGAGCUUCACCUGGGACAAGAUCGGGGGGCAGAGCCAGUCCCGAGCUCUGGUCUACUUGUAUAUUUGUUCAUUCGGCUGACACCUAUGUUCAGUGCAACUUAGUGUUGGGGUUCUUGGGUUAUUUUUACUGUGUCAUUUGAGGGUAAGUACCUCGAUCGAGGGUAUGACUCCAGGAGGGGAGUCAAGUCACUGAGAGUGAAGGUAUCCGAAUUUGUGCGCAGAAGUUCCUCAUUUUGAUGUUUUCUAUCAGCCCUUGACCAGUAUUGCUUAAGUUGUAGUUGUUUGGUACAUGGGGACUUCCUAAGUUAUUAAUAAAGAUCAUAAAUAUUACAGUGCAGUGUUUCGUUAGCUGUCAAGGUGUUUAAUGAGUGUAUUUGAUGGGUUGGGUUUGCUGGUGGA